CAAAAACUGAGGAUAACUACAAUCUACAACAAUGGAGAAACUACAUAAAUGCAUAAUGUUAACUAAGUUCUCACAAGGCCAAAAUCAAAAACAGAAGCUGGUUCUCCCUUGUUUUUCUUAAAUAACAUGUUUGUGGUAAGAGUCAAUGUAGAUAAUUGGCCAAGUUGGUAAUUGUUUCAAUCCAGGAAACAGCCAGUUCACAGUAAGUAUGAAGGGAACAACUCAAUGUUCUCACUCAACCAGAACAUUUCUGUGAAGCUAUUUAUUUUUAUUCCAUUUUAUUUUCCCAGAGAAUCUACAGUUUGGUGACAAUGUGGGCUAAGAAAUUAGUGUUUAAAGAAAUAUUUCGGGUUCAAUGCAAGUCAACUUCAAUUGACAGCAUGUUUUGGUGUAAUGUUAAUACCACAAAAAAUUAUUUAAUCUUGUCCCUCUAUUUCUUAAAAAUAAAUAAAUCUAAAUUGCAGUGAGACACUUACAAUUGAAGUGAAUGGGGGCCAAUCUGUAAACAUUAGAAUACUCACUGUUUCAAAAGUACAAGACGUAAACAAUAUGUGUUAACAUGAUUUUUGUGUAAAAGUCACUUACUAACCUUUUCUGUGUAAAUUGUCCAAUUUUACAACUUUGUUGCCACGAAGAUGUAACUAAAAACCCUAAAACAACCAUAAAAAUGACAAUUUAAACAACUUUACAAGUAAUUCACAAGUUUUGAAAGAAGAGUUAAUGAAAGUGCUUUUACGCAUUUACAAGCUUCACAUUUAUGCCUUUAAACCCUCCAAAAAUUGUCCCCAUUCUCUUUCAAUUGUAAGUGUCUCACUGUAACAUUAUAUAUAUAUAUAAAAUUUUAUUUUUUAUUAUUUUUAUUUUUUUUGUGGUAAUCAACAUUAUGCCACACAUGCUUUGAGCUUAACUUUUAUCAAACCUGGAAUAUCCCUUUUGAAGCUUUUGCAAAUAUCUUUUACAACCUGUUCUUCAAUGUGUAACCUGUUGUUGGUUGUCAUGAAAAAAGUAUUAGGUAGCCUUAUUUAAACCACACAAUUUUAGUGUAUUUUACAUUUUAUUUUGCUAAAGUGGCAGCUUGCCCAUCUCUCAGCCCAAAAGAUUAUCUAAAAUAACCAAAAUACACUGAUACAAUUUCUGCUCUUUUGAGUUGUCAUCCAAAAAUAAUUUACUGCAAGCGAAGCAGCCACUAGAGGGCCUUGCAGUACAAUGAAUGUAAUAGAAGCUGACCUGUUCUGUUGGCCUGACAGCAACAGAAGAGGGUGAUCGAAAAGUUUGGUGAUGGUUAGCUAUAAAAUUGUAAUGCUUUGUUGGGGUACCAGAGGAGGUUAAGAAACCACUUGCAACAAAUUCAUGUGCAACGCCUAAUGCAAUGGUAAAUAAAAUAAAAAAUGGAUCUACUCUGAAGUCAAACAUAAAUUAGAGCAAACAACACAGCUUCAUGAGUUCACAAUGGGAUAAUUUGACAUUCAUUUACAUAAAAUGCAAUAUCUGGAUUAUUAAGUUUUCACAAGCAAAAUACUGCAAAGUAAUAUGUGGCUUUACAACUGUUCAGCUUUGCAACAGGUCAGUUAUUGAGGUCAGAAUGGCUGUCAGUCGCUGUAUACUAAUAUAUAUAUAUAUAUAUAUAUAUAUAUAUAUAUAUAUACACACCACCGGUCAAAAGUUUUGAAACACUUGACUGAAAUGUUUCUCAUGAUCUUAAAAAUCUUUUGAUUUGAAGGUAUAUGCUUAAAUGUUUGAAAUUAGUUUUGAAGACAAAAAUAUAAUUGUGCCACCAUAUUAAUUUAUUUCAUUACAAAACUAAAAUUUAUUAAAUAAAAAAAAAGGUUUUGAAAUUGAUGACUUGGAACGAUGAUAGGCAAAAGGUGACUACUUUGAAGAUGCUAAAAUAUAACAUAGUUUUUAUUUAUUUUGGAUUUUGUUUAGUCACAACAUAAUUCCCAUAGUUCCAUUUAUGUUAUUCCAUAGUUUUAAUGACUUUACUAUUAUUCUAAAAUGUCAAUUAUGGGUUGUCAAUAUAGGACUUGUUUUACUGUGGAUAUAGAUACUUGUCUACCUGUUUCCUCCUGCAUCUUCACAAGGUGCUUUGCUGUUGUUCUGGGAUUGAUUUGCACUUUUCGCACCAAACUACAUUAAUCUCUAGGAGACAAAAUGCAUCUCCUUCCUGAGUGGUAUGAUGGCUGCAUGGACCCUUGGUGUUUAUACUUCUGUACUAUUGUUUGUACAGAUGAACGUGGUAUCUUCAGGCAUUUGGAAAUUGCUUCCAAGGAUGAACCAGACUUGUGGAGGUCCACAAAUUUUUUUUUUUUCUGAGGUCUUGGCUGAUUUCUUUUGAUUUUCCCAUGAUGUCAAGCAAAGGGGCACUGAGUUUGAAGUGAGAUCAUCGUCCGCAGGCAUCAUGAGCGGACGGAUGAGAUGCAGAGUCACGAGCUCAGGCAGAAUGAAGGUGUGUUUUAAAAUGACGGACAACGCCGUGACUGAAGCUGCUGGACGGUUUGUCAAUGAGGAAAUAAAAAUGGAUGUGUCAAAGAGGAUCAUGAGAAAUCUGGAACCAGCAAGGCCACUACGUCGUCUUAACAUAAAUCAAGUGCCUCAAAGCAAUGCUGAGAUCAAGCCAUUCACCAAGGGAAAAGAAAAGCCAAGAGAAUGUCUUUUACCCAGUAACUGCUUUUUCUGUGGACAGGACAACAAUAUAAAAGUGGAGCAGUUGUAUAAAAUCCUUCAUCUUCAAAGCACCAGUACCCAACCAAUAAAGAAAGACAGAAUAUGCUACUCCAGGGACUUCCUCAUCAAGAUGGCAAGUUGUCCUGUGGCCAAGAAGAAACCUGAGUUUUUACCAGAGCAUCCAGUAGUCUUGGAGAAUGGAAGAACCAGUGAUGUGCCAAGACUUUUUGUUGGCAACUGCUACAAGAAUGAGGACAUGUUUGCCUAAUGUGGAGAAAUCCUUACAGCUUUUCUCUCUCUGUCUCUCUCUCUCUCUCUUUCUCUCUCUUUUUUUUUUUUUUUUUUUUUUUAAAUAAGGGGUUCUAAAAACUAUACUGCAUGAGGACCAAAGCAGAAAGAAUUAAAAUAUCACCUUUGUCACAAGUUUCUUGUAUUAAAAAGCACUCCAUCUUACAAUGCAAAAAAAAAAAAAAAAAGGAAUUGCAAAGAAAAUAAAUGUUGUCUUUGAAAACAAAAUUAUAAAAACAAAUCUCCUUGGAUGCUGAACGCAUCAUUUAAAUCUAUGUAAAGACAUGAUUGAUUGAAAAUAGUGCUAAAUUCCUCCAUUAGAAUUUACAGUAUAGAACAUAAAUGGAUACCAACAGUACUGAUCUCUUGAUCCUUGCAACAGAUUCCAAAUCAUAAGUUGUUUUAAACUCACCCUUUGUCCUUCCUUGGUCUUACACUUUGGUUUCACCUCAUCAAACAGUUGUGAUUUCUGACUCGGGUGUCGGAACUUUGCCUAAUGUCGAUGGUGUUGCUACACUGCACUUAUGUUCUGCUUUCUGGAUUUGUGGUGUUUAAUUAUUGCGGAUAUUUGGACUUGAACCUUUUGAGAUUUUGCUUGAAGUUAUAGACUGAUUUAUAGGGAGCUCAUAUGCCUGAGUUAGACUUCUUUACCACAGAUUUGGACUUUCCCUUACACUAACAGUAUUAACAUUGGUCAGAGGAAUUUAUUUGUGUAUAGAUGCCCCUUGAUUUGCACACCUGGGCAGAGGCAAUAUUUUCUUUUUGUAUCACACUGUAAUCUGUCAACUCAUAACUGUUUUAAAUUUAAAUUGGAUUCAUUCUAACUUCACAAAAUUCAUUACUCUCAGUAAAGGAAAUUUUGUUUUA